UAUUGUAUAAAAGAUAUAAAACGCAAAAUGAGUAUUAUGGGAACUCUACUUAUUGAUAGCAAUGAUACAGAUCGUUGUGAAUACAUUGUCACAAUUCUACAUGCAGCAAUUUAUAUCGUCAGAAGAAUUACCGGUAAAAAUGUCACAAUCUCUUCCCUUAAAGUCAUUGAGAGAGAAAACACUGACAGUGUCGAUUACACGAUCAGGGAGACUGAGGAACUUAUUUGCAUUACGAAAGGUAAACAACAUAAAAUAGCAACAAGUUUCGCGCAGAAUCUUGUGCAACUCGAAAGCUUAUACCAGACGAACAAGAGAAAAUGUAAAGCUGAUGUCGCCGGUUCAGGCUUCGAUUACCUUUACGGUAUCGUAUCUACAGCUACAGAUUGGUAUUUUCUUUUAUAUAGUACAGGUAGAAUAUCAUGCACGAGUAAAAGACCAUACAACAUUGUGUUUUCCGAGACAUCUUUAAAAAAGGAUUCAGUAGAUGAGCAAGAGUUGCGCAGAAAUGUGAAAAGGGUUAUUGAAGUAAUCGUAGGUAUAUUGAUUGAUAGAAUAAACAUAGAAAAGACGCCGGAUAGUAAGAAAGCGAGAAUCGAAAAAUAUUUCAAAAAAGAGUAAAAUAGAUAUUGAUUUUUGUAUGAUACAGUCAUAUUAUUGUAAACAUAAUAACAUCUAAACGAAGUUUACGGCGAACCAAACGAAGAAAUACUGUAUCAACAUAAUAACAUUUGAUUUAAGAUUUUUGCAUAAUCCUACGAUCCACCGUUAAAUUACGAAUUUGCAACUCCGCAAGUGCAUUCCUAUUAUCAUCUAAAUUUUUUUUUCCUA